AUGCAGACAUUAAAGCAUCUGAAAAUGUGUAUCUCAUCCUAUGCAUUAAUAUUAAUUUUCUCUCUCUUUUCUCAAGGUUUCUUACUUUCUGUUUCAAAGUCUAUGCGAAAAGCAGAAGACGAUAUGCUGCUAAGUACAUUCAGUCUUGGAAACGUAAUACAGAAUGGUGGCAAAGUUGAGAUGUCACGGCCUGCGUCUUCUCUUGAGCAUUAUAAAAUAGAGGACAACAGUUUUCUGAAUGAAGAGGAAGAUGGAGCCCCAAAGUUCAUUAAUACAAGUCCUAAGCGACUCCCUCCCCCUCAUGGAAAACCCAUGAACCUAGAUAUUAAGCAGCUUCCUUAUUUUGCACUGGAGGGACCUAUGACUUUUCCAGCUGAUGCUGAAUUUCAAACCAUUCAGUCAGUUCAAGAAAGAAGAGAAUCUGGAGAUGAUGAGAACUCAGCUAAGUUACCUAUUGGAAGAAGAGAUUUUGACAUGCUCAGGUGCAUGCUCGGAAGAGUCUACCGACCUUGUUGGCAAGUCUAAAAACUGUUGAAAGUACGUCAUUUGGAAGAGAAAAACCCAUUUUUUUGUCAAUUCAAUGAAGUAGUAGUUGUAUAAGUAUUGCUUUGUGUUUGUAUAAAUC